GACCAAGAUGGCAGACGAAAGAGCACAGAACAUUACUGUCAACAUCAAGGGGCCGUCGGAGAUCAAGCUGACGGUCGAGAUCGCCCUCGAUGCGACGGUGCGCGCGCUCAAGGAAAAGAUCGAGAGCGCGAGGAGCGACGUCCCUGCCGACUCGCAGCGCCUCAUCUACAGCGGAAAGGUGCUCAAAGAUGAGGAGACACUGCAGAGCUACAAGCUACAAAACAAUCACACCGUGCACAUGGUCCGAAGUGCUGCUCGCUCGGCGCCUACAACGGGCAACCCUGCUACCUCUCAGACGAGCGGCAGCAAUUCUGCACCUUCCGGUACCACCCCCGCCACCAACUCGUCUGCCGCGCAGGGCAUCCCAGCCAACUUUGGCGCGGGCCAGGCGUACGGAAGCGAUCCGUUGGCGGCGCUGAACCGAGCCGACUUUGCAGGCCCACACAUGGCCCAGCUGGGCGAUCAAAUGUUCCGGGGAACGGGACUGAAUCCGAACGAUCCCAACAUGCUCAUGACGGCCAUGCAGUCGGAUGAGUUCCGCAACCACAUGCGAUCGAUGCUCGGUCGUCCCGAGGUCAUCGACCAGAUCAUUGCCUCAAACCCUCAGCUGGCUUCACUUCCUGGUGCGAGGGAGCUGCUGCGCUCCGAACAAUUCCGCGAGUUUCUUCUGGAUCCGCAAAGCAUGCAAAGGGCUGCGGAGCUUUCGCGCACCAUGGGAGGCGCAGGAGGCCUUGGAGGCGCAGGAGGCCUUGGAGGCCUUGGCGGCCUUGGCGGCCUCGGUGGAUUCGGAGCGCCGGGAGCCAUGGGUGGGCAGGGAGCGGGGCAGCAGUGGCCCCCUCCAGGCGCCUUUGGACAGGCCCAGCAGGGAGAGCAGAGACAGGGCCAGGCCGCUGGAGGGAACCAGCAGGCUGGCGCCAACCCAUUUGCAGGCCUUGGAGGAGCAGGGCCUGCGCCAGGCGGCGGCGGCGGCGGCGGCGGCGCUGGCAUGUUCGAUCCCGCUUUCCUGCAGCAAAUCCUCGGAGGAGCGGGCGGUGGAGCCGGAGGGGGAGCCAACCCAUUCGGAGGCUUUGGCCGGCCGCCUACUGACUCGCGACCGCCCGAGGAGCGGUACGCAGAGCAAUUGGCGCAGAUGCAGGGGAUGGGCCUUACGGACGGCGCUGCCAACCUGCGCGCGCUGCUGACCGCCGGCGGAAGCGUCGAAGGCGCCAUGUCUAUUCUCUUUGACGAUCCUUCGGGCGGGAGCGGCAGCGCCCCCGGCAGCUGAUAGCAGGUACUUCUUCCUCUCUACACUGUCAUCUUCGUAAUCAAUGAUGCCGUCUGCCGUCUCAGCACCC